GCUUCUCCACAGAUGCCCUGAGGAGAGCAGCAGGAGGAAGACAGGCUUCGGAGGAGAAGGCGCGGAGGAGGCUCCCCCCGUUCCUUUUGGCGAGGAAGGGGUGAGGGAGUCAAGAGGAGGGGCAGCUCAGCCCUUGGGCCCACCAGGCCUCCUAUCCCGCCCCUCCUCUUCCUCCUCACCUGCUCCUUCUCUCCUCCGCCAGCCUCGCCAAGAAGAUGCCCAGGAAGAAAGUUCUCCAGCGGGCGAAGCUCUAGGGCUGCCCCGAAACCUUGCCGCCCUCCUGCCUCGCCCUCUCUCUGCUGGAUGGUGCCAGGGGCCGGCCUGGGAGGGCGAGAAGCCGCAGCGUGGCCAAGAUGUGGCCCUUGCUGGCUGGCCCCGGCUGAAGCUGAAGAAGGAGCCGCAGCGAGAGGAAGAGCUCGGGUUCUGCCGCUUCCGAGGCGAGGCGUCGUGACCUUGGGCUGCCUCUCCUCCCCUUCCACGCUGGCUUCUCCCCGCGGGCCCUGAGCUCCCUUCCUCCCUCCCUUCCCUUCCCCUUCCCCCCUUCCCUUCCCCUUCCUCCCCUCCUUCCAUGGCUGCAUCGGAGGAAGAAGGCACCGGCUGUUUUCUCCCCCGAGGCCGGUCCCAGAGCGACCCCAGCAUCCUCGCAGACGAGGCCGAGAGCGAGAGCCCCGAGGCAGGUAGCAUUGUUUUGUGUCAGCUUAAGUGGAGGAGUUCUUCAUCAGUGGAUGACCCAAAAUCACGCUGACCUUGGCAAACCACAAAGAGGAAAUGGAUCCUUCCCCUGCAGUGCGUUCUGAAUAUCUGGUCUCAGGGAUUCGGACUCCUCCUGUCCGACGGAACAGCAAGCUAGCCACACUGGGCAGAAUCUUCAAACCAUGGAAAUGGAGGAAAAAGAAAAACGAGAAACUAAAGCAGACAUCAGCAGUGUUAGAGAAGAAGACAACCUCAAGGCAAGGCCGGGACGAACUAAUUAAGAAAGGCCUUCUGGAAAUUAUGGAACAAGAUUCUGAAGGCAAAGCAUGCACUGCUGACGCUGCCACCAGAGCAAUGCUGAGUGACCCUUCAUCCCCCUCAUGCCAGGCACUUACCUCAGAAGAGACGCAGCAGGAACACAUAUCAGCCACAACCAAUGCCACCUCACUUGGCGAGGAGCUGCAUUCGGAAGAGCUGAGAGAAGAUUCAGCCAAGAAGACGUCAGCUUCCACUGACGAAAGGGAAAAUGCCAGCUUGCCAGCCUCCGAAGAGCAUCCACAAGCCUUACUUCUUUCAGAAUCCACUGAAUCGCCCCAGAAGCAGAUGGAAAGGAACUCAGCACAGCUUCCCAGCCCUCCUCCGUCGCUUCCAAUUCCACCGCCUAAGACUGCAUCCAAAGUCUCAAAGAUUGUACCAGCAGGAAGUGAAGUACGAGAUGAGCCAGCCUUGAAAUCUCCUCCCUCCACUGUCUUGAAGAAUUAUGUUCUUGUUGGUUCCUCCCAACCCUCAGGACAAGCUGCUCCCUUCCACCCCUCAGGACAGAAGGCCUCUGACCCCCACCUUCGAGGACAGCACUCCACGCCAACCAGCUCCCCUCACCUCGCUGCCAUCCACCUGCCUUUACCUCCCAGCCGAGUCAUCGAGGAACUUCACAGAGCUCUGGCCACCAAACAUCGGCAGGAUAGCUUUCAUGGACGAGAAAACAAAGGGUCUCCAAAAAAGCGAAUGGACAUCCGCCCAUCCAGGACAUCCAGUGUUGAACACAGCAAAGAGAAAGAUAAUUCAGUGAAUUACAACAGUGAUCCAGAGAACAAGCGGAACUCUGCUAAGGAGUCAGACGAGAACAAAGAGAACCUGAUCAUGAACUCUGAAAUCAAGGAUGACUCUGUUUUCUAUCAGGAUGAAGAGGUUUUGAAUGACUCCAUAAUUUCUGGUACGUUGCCAAGAAAAUGCAAGAAAGAGCUGCUGGCAGUGAAACUGAGGAACAGGCCAAGCAAACAGGAGUUGGAAGACAGGAAUAUUUUCCCAAGGAGGACUGAUGAAGAGAGACAGGAAAUACGGCAGCAGAUUGAAAUGAAACUAUCCAAGCGACUGAGCCAAAGACCUGCUGUUGAAGAGCUAGAAAGAAGAAAUAUCUUGAAACAAAGGAAUGACCAAACAGAACAGGAAGAAAGAAGAGAGAUCAAGCAGAGGCUGACAAGAAAGCUUAAUCAAAGACCUACAGUUGAUGAAUUAAGAGACAGAAAAAUCCUAAUUCGAUUCAGUGAUUAUGUGGAAGUGGCAAAAGCACAGGAUUACGACAGACGAGCAGACAAGCCAUGGACAAGGCUCUCAGCUGCUGAUAAGGCAGCUAUUCGCAAAGAGCUAAAUGAAUACAAAAGUAAUGAAAUGGAGGUGCAUGCAUCAAGCAAGCAUUUGACAAGAUUCCAUAGGCCAUAGAGAUUUUCUUCUGAGAAGAAUUUGUCUACUUUUUUGAUACCACUACUGAACAAGCAUCAGGGAAAGUAUGAUGGUCUUUCCUUGAGGUUCAGUCAAUGACAAGAUGAUGUUUCAAGUUCAAGAAGGACUCUGCAGGAUAAAUCUCUGCAACACAUACUUUAAAAGGAAGAUCUACCAGAGGAUGGCCUUCGCCUUGGAGCCACAAUACUUGUGGGGUGGGAGGAUUAGCUGAAAAUGACUGAAGUCGAGCUCAUCAAAAAGGAACCUACUGCACUCCUUUUACUACUUGUUUAAACUGUAUUGCAGCGUAUCUUUGGAAAGGAGAUGUUGUGCAUGUACAGGCUUUACCAUUCCAAGGCCUCUGACAUAAUGGACAUGGCGCACACUCUCAUUCAGUAUUAUCAUGGUGACAAGACAUUUGGAACUUAUCACAGUUAGUUUGUAUAAAACACUUAAGUUCAUGUUAUAUGAAAUUAUUUACUAUAUUAUUAUUUCUUCCCCCUUUUUAUAUAUGUCUAACAAAAACACAGCUGCGGCAUUUUUUGGACUCCUGUUAAUUUCCCCCGUUUAAUUAAAUGAUUACUUACUGCAGAAAACAGA